CCCGAGUUGAUUGGCCGCCGUUGAUCACGGGGCACGUCUAUUGAAUUGGAUUACGUCAGCGCUCUCCUCGCAGCUCGCGAGGACGGAAGAUCUUCCAGCGAGGCAGUGAUUGGCAGCCGUGAAGCGUGUUCCGUCACUGACUUGUGUGAUCUGAUUUGCUUCUUUUUGGGGGGUGGCGCAUGCGCUGUAGAGUUUCCCGUCUGGGAAGCAUUCGCGCCAUUCCACGGAGGGAGCAGGCGCGUGCGCGUAGGAGAGUCACGUGGUGCAGGUAGGUGGUAGGCGGACUGCGUGAGGCACCGAAGUCUUCUCAGGAAAGGGCUUAGCGCUCCCCAGGCUGGCGGCUUCUCCGAAACCCCCCGACAACGCGACUACUCCUGCCCCCGCCCCGGACUGCCCCUUUCUCUACUUGUCAAAGCACAGAGACGCCUGCCACGGUCAUACAGCGAGGGAGUCCUGCGUCCCCGGGACUAGCGCCCCCUGCAGAGAUGAAAGGCCGGAUUGAGUUGGGCGAUGUGACUCCACAUAACAUAAAGCAGUUGAAGCGGCUGAACCAGGUCAUCUUCCCAGUCAGCUACAAUGACAAAUUCUACAAGGAUGUGCUGGAAGUCGGGGAGCUUGCCAAACUGGCAUAUUUCAACGACAUUGCAGUGGGUGCAGUAUGCUGUAGAGUGGAUCACUCUCAGAAUCAGAAACGGCUAUAUAUCAUGACACUUGGGUGCCUGGCCCCAUACCGCAGGCUUGGAAUAGGAACAAAAAUGCUGAACCAUGUUUUAAAUAUUUGUGAAAAAGAUGGCACCUUUGACAACAUUUAUCUCCAUGUUCAGAUCAGCAAUGAAUCCGCCAUAGAUUUUUACAGAAAGUUUGGAUUUGAGAUUAUUGAAACCAAGAAGAAUUAUUACAAGAGGAUAGAGCCGGCCGACGCUCACGUGUUGCAGAAGAAUCUAAAGAUCUCCUCUCCGGGGCAGAAUGCAGAUGUGCAAAAGAGUGAAAACUGAAUGGAAAAGCAACAAACACUUUUCUUGCACUUGCUCGUCGCCAAAUACGAAAAGGGACCCAUUGGGUUUUAUUCUAAAUGUACACAUCUAAUAUACCUUUUUCUUUUCUCCACUUUAAAAUGAGGGAAAAAAAUGCUUCUUCCAAGAGUUGUACAAUCUCUCACACACAAACAAAUAUUUCAGUUGGUUGAACUCUGAAAAUGUCCCUGGGACAGAGAUCAGUUCUGCAGGGAAAUGUGAAUUUCUUUGGCUUUACAAUUUGAACCCCCCCCCCCUUUUGUCUGGGAGAGUGAACGGCUUCUGCCUGGAAUAGUCUUUAAAUAAAAUCUCUUUUCUUUUUA